AUGGCUGCGAAUACUAGAUACGAGCAAGCUCCUCAGCGGGACUCCUUUGAGGAGCGGGCAUACUCUCAGCCCCCGCCUUCUUAUCAGGCAACCGACGACUAUUCGCAACCGCAACCUCGUAGCGAGGAUGAUAAUGUUCCCGAUGAUUUCAAGUUCGGAGGGAUGGUGGCGGAGGGUACCUUGCCCAUCCGGAUGCAGUUUAUUCGGAAGGUUUAUGCGAUUCUAACCGCCCAACUCCUCCUGACGACAAUCAUGAGCUCGAUCUCCUUCUUCAGCGACAGCUACCGCACCUGGAUCCAAUCCCACAGCUGGCUAAUGUUCCUCUCCGUCUUCGGCGCCAUCGGCUUCAUGCUGGUCACCUUCUGGAAGCGCAAAAGCUACCCCGCGAACCUUCUCUUCCUGACGGGCUUCACGGUAUUCGAAGCCUACUCCGUCAGCGUGGUGACCUCGUUCUACGACGCCCGGAUCGUCGUACAAGCGCUCAUCCUCACGCUCGGCAUCUUCGUCGCCCUGACGCUCUUCGCAUGCCAGACUAAAUACGACUUCACGAGCUGGAUCCCCUAUCUGUUCGGCGGCCUGCUGUUCCUGUUCAUGUUCGGCCUCGUCGCGAUGCUGAUGCCCAGCAAGACCAGCGAGCUCAUCUAUAGUGGGUUGGCGGCGUUGCUGUUCUCGGCGUAUAUCCUCGUCGAUACGCAGAUGGUGAUGCGCCAUUAUCAUGUCGAGGAGGAGAUUGCGGCUUCGAUCUCCUUGUAUCUGGAUAUCUUGAACUUGUUUCUGGCUAUCCUGCGGAUCUUGAAUAAUCAGCAGAAUAACUAG